GAAAAAUGAUACGUUUAUUGUAGGAAGUGAAACUUCUGGACUUGGUAUGUAUAUAUCUAUCUAUCUAUCUUCCGCUCUACAUAAUCAACAAUCGAGAUCAAAUCACCAUUUCAAAUCCCCAACCCUCCAAACCGUCCUUCCCUCUUCUUUACCCCCUUCGUCCCCAUUCCUUUACUCCCCUACAAACUUCGUUCCCCUUCAAAAAAACAUUUACUCGUUCAUUUCUUUUCCUCCCCUAAAAGUAGUAGCAACCCGUCUCACCCAAGACCCAUCCAUCCGUGUCCUCGUUCUCAAGGCAGGAAAUGAUCAUUUUCCAUCCCCACAAUCACCACACCCAGUCUCUGGCCUGCGAAUCUGGACACGGAGACCGAUUGAGCUUUUUUGAUUGCUUCGCAGGUACGCUCUGAGGUUUUCCCUUAUGGAUUUUCCUUCUUAUCUACCUGUCUUGUUUUUCCUACCCCCUUCUUCCUCGGAACUUGAUAUAUUCGAUCGAUUCCCGAUAUCACGGGACUCAAGAUAAACGUACCAGAAACAAAAACAAAGAAAGACGAUCUGAUAAAUCCCAGAAACAUCUCAACGGUAAGCAAAUCCCUCUAUCCCAAAGCCGACUUCUAGGCGGCUCAACCGCCAUCAACGGCGGCGCAUUCAUCGCCAAAUUCCGCUUCAGCAUUGAAGCCUGGGAAUUUCUCGGAAACCCCUCUUGGUCAUGAGACUUCCUACUUUCCUAUUAUCAAAAAUCCUUCACCCUUACACUCCCACUCCCGAAACCAUAGCCAACCUAUCCCUCUCCCACAUCGAUACCGACCUCCAGAAAAACUUUUCCGGACCCCUCCAAGUCUCCUUCUCGGAAGAGAGAGACGGACUCCCAAAAGCCUGGGUAGACUCAUGGAAACACAUGGGCCGGGGUCUUUCCAGCGCUCCCUUUACCGGAGACGCAGUAGGCGGAUACAUCAACGCGAUGAACAUUAACGCGGCGACCAAAACGAGCAGUCAUGCGCUAUCCGUCUACUAUCCCCCUAUGGCGAUGCACGAGAACUUGGUCGUGGUAACUUCGGCACUGGUGACUAAAAUCGUGUUUUCGGAUUCGAGAGAUGAGAAGGGCGAUAUACUCGCCACGGGUAUUUCGUACACCAAAGACUCGCACAGCUGUACCGCUGUCGCGAAACGAGAAGUGGUUCUCGCGGCAAGCGCGUUGCAAACUCCCAAAUUGCUUGAAUUGUCUGUCUGGGAUUGGUUCUGCGGCUCUGCUUUCGGAUCUGGAUAUUCCGGUACUUGUCGAUAAUGGAAAUGUGGGCGAGAAUCUACAAGAUCAUCUCAAUUGUGGGUUUUAAUUUGAAGUAGAAGAGGGGGUAAAAACAAUGGAUGCAUUGGCACGACAAGAUGGUGCUGCGAUUGGGGAGGCAAUGGGGGUGUAUUUGAGCGAAAAGAGCGGACCAUUUGCAACCGGAGGAAAUUUUUGCAUGGGGGAUCCUACCAGUUGUAGAUUUUCUUGCGGAUGACAGAGAGGAAUUGGACGCGACAUUGAAAGAAUUCGGAAAGGGAUAUGAGAAUAAACACCUUUCUCAGAACCUCAUGCAGAAUUCGUACAAUCUCUUCUCCGAAGCCCAACCGAAGGCUCCGGAGGAUAUUUCUCCUACACCGCGCUUGGGAAUUUUAUCCCCGAAGCCGGCUCUGGCGAUACCAUCGGGAAGCAAAAUGCGAGUACAAGUUCUGAUACUAAGGAUGGUGCUGCUUCACCUGGAAAUUAUCUCACCAUCGCUUGUAUGUUACUGCAUCCGCUCUCCCGUGAAAAUACACAUAUCACCAGCUCCGACCCCGAAAUCACUCCUCAAAUCGAUCCCAAAUGCCUUUCUCACCCCCUCGAUCUUGCAAUUCUCUCUCGCCACGUCCGCUAUAAUUCUAAGAUUAUUUCCCCCCCUCCUCUUUCCACGCAUCUCAAACCUUCCGGGAGGAGAAAUCACGGCGCGCCUUCUGAUAUUAUGGAUCUUGAUGCUGUCAAGGAAUACGCGAAGAAAGCAGCACUGAGUGCAUGGCAUCCAACAAGCACAUGUGCAGUGUUGCCAUCGGAGAAAGGAGGGGUCGUAAGUGAAAAGUUAAUAGUGUAUGGAACGAAGAAUUUGAGAAUUGUGGGUGCGAGUAUUUUCCCAUUGUCUACGAGAAGUAAUUGUCAGACUACAGUUUAUGCGGUUGCGGAGGAGGUGGCAGAUAUGAUUCGGGGGGAUUAUGGGAUUAAGGUCUGAAUUUUGAAGUGUGUAGAGAUGGUCUUCAAUAGGUUGUAGUUGAGAAAAGAGAAAUGUAUUAUUCUCCUUGGUCAAUUUGCAUACCUGAAAAACGAUGCUCUGAAUAUAGCCGAUCUUUAAACGCAAGCGACAAAUGACGCACCGAGGUACUCUACAACUAGCCCGCGAGCGAAGGGAUUCGAGUACUCUGGAAAGCGAUUUCAGGAACUUCUUCAAUCGUCCUUGCGAGGAACAUUCCAAACUGCUGUAACGCAGAAUUUAGUUUACUGAUCUCAAUAAUUCCUAGGUCUUACUUAUACA